GACGAGGGUAGAACGAAAGCAUCACCAUGGGCGUCUCUCUGAAACUUCAAAAGCGCCUUGCGGCCUCCGUGCUCAAGUGCGGAAAGCGCAAGAUUUGGUUAGACCCCAACGAAAUUAACGAAAUUGCGUUGGCCAACUCGCGCCGCAACAUCCAAAAGCUGCACCGUGAUGGUCUCAUCAUCAAGAAGCCCUCGGUUGUGCAUAGCAGAGCUCGUGUGCAGCUGCGUAACGAAGCGAAGCGUAAGGGUCGUCAUACCGGUACGGGAAAGCGCCGAGGUACCGCCAACGCGCGUCUCCCUUUCAAGGUGAUCUGGAUGCGCCGGUCCCGAGUGCUCCGACGUCUUUUGAAAAAAAUGCGCGAUGCCAAGAAAAUCGAUAAGCACAUUUACCAUUCCCUCUACAUGCUCGCCAAGGGUAACCAGUUCAAGAAUAAGCGUGUUUUGAUUGAAACCAUCCACGACAUGAAGGCUGUCAAGGCCAAGGAAACCGCCCUCACCGUCCAGGCCGAAGCCCGUAAGGGACGCGCCAAGUCUCGUCUCGAGCGACGGGCGGCACGUGAAGCCAAGAAAAUGGCGGACAAUGAAGCGGCUCAACAAGCCUCGUAAGUACCGUAGCCUCGAAAACGGUAUAACACACAUAAAACAAUGCUUUGUCCACC